UGUUGCAAUCGAUGGUUGUGUGCUGAUGAAGCGUUUCAAUUUUUAAAUAUUAAAAAGUUCAUUUAAAUACUUUUUAACAAUUCAUACUUUAGUAAAGGUAUAAAAAUGGCAGUUAUCUAAGAAUUUUUACGCUGCUGUAUAAAUAAUAACAUUGUGUUAAAAUUAUAGCCAAACAUGUGUUGAAAUUGUGCUAAAUAUUUGAAAAGUAUCCGCAAAAAUGAGUGAACACGUGAACUUUGUUGAUAUCUUGGAGCCGAGGAGGACUCAGUCGGGUAUUUUCAGCUUUAUGUCUCGAAAUUGGCGUCCGCAACGAACUAUGGUUAUGGACAAAUAUUGUUCAACCCAGGACUUGAAAGAUAUCGUUGCAAAUUCGGUUUAUCUUGACUCUAUUAUAGAAGCGGAAUGUUCCAGAACAGGUUUAAGCAAAGAGAAAUUGCAUCAGGAAGUAAGGAAUUAUCUUGAAGAGAUGGGCCUUGAUAAAAAGAUGCAUGUCAUCCGAUGGAACGGAGUCUUCUUCUUGAAGAUCUGUUUUAUGAUGAAGAUAAAGAUGUUUGUUAAUGAGGCUGCUGUAUUGACUCUAAAAUCAAAAAUGGGAAAGAAUCCAGUAUUAUUCCUGCCCACACACAGAAGCUAUGCAGACUUCUGCCUGAUGACCUACCUGUGCUACCACUAUGACAUAGACUUCCCUGCUGUGGCUGCUGGCAUGGAUUUCUACUCAAUGGCAGUGAUUGGACGUCGGAUGAGAGAAACUGGUGCCUUCUACAUCCGCCGCACGCUGGCCGGCGACCCGCUGUACGCGGCCACGCUCAAGCAGUAUGUGCGGACUGUGGUGGGCAAGCACGCCGUGCCCAUCGAGUUCUUCCUUGAGGGCACGCGCAGCAGAAGCAAUAAAAGCAUGCCGCCGAAAUAUGGUAUGUUGUCCAUGACCUUGAUGCCUUUCUUCGCGCAUGAGGUGAAUGAUAUCACGAUAGUCCCGGUGAACAUCAGUUAUGACCGACUUAUGGAACACUCCCUGUUCGCCUACGAGCAUCUUGGCGUGCCCAAACCCAAGGAAUCUACUGGGGGCUUCCUAAAAGCACUGCGCAGUUUGAACGACCACUUCGGCAACAUUUACAUAAACCUCGGCGCCCCGCUGUCCUUGCGAGAGUACUUACACAACGACACUUCACAUUCCAAGGAGACUCUGAAACCGGUAGACCUCCAGCAGCUCACCCCCGACCAAUUCAAAAAGGUACAGAAGAUUGCUGAUUACGUCAUCACCCUACAACAGAAGAACACAGUCGCAACGAUCUCAAAUCUUCUCUCACUAGUUCUAAUGCAAAGUCUUAUGAAGAACCGACUUCUAGAGUAUGAGGAGCUGAUUCAGGAAGUGGAGUGGAUGGUCCAGGAGUUAAGGAAUCUGGGUGCUUCGGUGUUCGAGAAUGAUGUGAGGAGUAGUGUCGACAGGAUCCUCGUGGUGCACAGGAGCAUGAUGAGGCUGGACAAGGAUAGAAGACUGAGGCUGAUAUCGGGAGUGCUAACUGAUUUGUCCAGCGAGGAUAAGAAGAAAAUGAAAGGUCACAUCUUGCAAGCGCAAACGAUGGUGGUGGCGGUGCCUAUAGUGCAGCUGCAACUGUACGUGAACCCCGUCUUGCAUUACAUCGCGCCGCCCGCUCUCAUAUAUCUUAUCGUACAGAGACAGGCUCUGUCCAGAGAUAAACUACGAGAAGAUUACCGUCGGAUUCGCAAACUGCUCAGCCACGAAUUCUUCCAUUUAGAAAAAGAUGAGGAAAAUACAUUCAACAAAGCUCUCGACUACUGCAUACAAAACCGCGUCAUCUCGAACAGCGGUGACUUGUACUCGCUCGGUGAGGAUACGAAACUCCAGUACUUGUUGCGGUGGGCGACGUGGCCAGCACUCACCACGCUGUUGAAAGCUGCUGAUGUUAUGACACAGCAAUCGAGCUGCGGUCACAAGCUCGCCCUGAAGCUGGUCCAGCAGCGCUUGGAGUCUGAGCGCGUGCACCCCUACUGCCUCAGUCUGGAGGCCAUCGCGAACUGCCUGAGCGGGCUCGUCGCUGCGGGCGCACUCGUUAAACUUAAAGGAGAUCAAGACAUUGUCUACGAGUUGGUUCCGGAUGUCAUGAAGGAGAGUACUAUUCUAGUCAAUUCAAUACUACCCUCAUUUAGCGUCGACUUCGCAAACAACUUUGUCGUUAUAGACGAUAAAGCGAUUUCUAGGUUGUAAGUAUUAAGGCACGAAUAUUUACUUAAAUUCGUAUUGAAUAGGAUUUUUAUGAUCAUAGAAAAUGUUUGUGGAAUUUUGUAUAUCUUAUGUAUUUCUGACGGUAAUCGGAAUAAUUACCUUGUCAGACAGGCGUAUUAUUAUAAUAUGUAAUAGUCAUAAUGUUCUCAAAUAAACUACAAACAGUUUAAUACAUUCGUAAUAGUUUAAACACAGGCAUUUACAUUUACUUUAAAUUCAAACAUUCCUUUUUCUUAUUCUUUGAGGUGUUUUGUGUUAUAAUUAUUCCAAAUUACUGCUGAGUCUAUGUUUGCUAGUAAAAUGGGUUGUGAUCAGAUUGGAAGUAAUGUAAUUUCCGGUAUAUCUCGGCAACCGAUAAAACUAUGUAGAUGGCGACACUUAAGAAUCAUUUUGCCAUUUGAAUUAUUAUGUCGUAUUAUUCAACAAUUCAGUACCCUUAUGUUUUUAUUGGCAUUCCUAAUCAAGCCAAAAUUAACAAGCAAGUAAUACAAAUACUUAAUGAAAGAAAUAAGCUCAAAACGCCUACAUCUUGGACAGUCGUGUAAACAUUGGUGACCUAAAAUAUUAUAGAAUUUUUAUUAUAGCUUAUAGAAUGCCUAACAAAUCCAUGACGUAAACUAUAGUGUGAAAGGUAGAUUUAGUUAGGUAGAUGUAGUUUUAUAAAACUGUGGGAGUAAGUAAUGAGGUACCAUUAUAUACAUAUAUGUAGUAAAUUGAGAUGAAUUCUGCCUUCGAUUUCAACAUUUCAAUUUAAACCAAUCAAAGACAUUGAAGAACGUUCUUACGACAUACCACCACUCUUUGAUGUUAUAUUUUAGCCACAGCUACUUAAAGACUGGCUGGAUCCUCUGAGCUCCUAACACUAACCGUUAGGAGCAAAAUGCAAAAUAUUAUGUGCAAAUUUUACUUUGUCAAAACUGUCAGUGCAAAAGCACAGAAUUCAUGUUCACUAAAAUAUAUAUGUAGUUCGAAAAUAGCGUGGUCAUAAUUGAAUAUUACGCAUAAGCUAAGUAUUAACGUAGGUAUUUUAUACGUAAAUUGUGAUACGAAAUUGCCAAUUCCAUUAAAAAUUAAAUCUUAUUUUCAAGUUAAAUGUGAAAUAGAAUCAUUCUUUUCAAAAGCAAAUUGUGAGAAUAUGUUGCCAUAGAAAAUUGAGAGUGUUACCAUCUUGUAAAAAUGAUUUUCAUAGGGCCUUAAUGUAGUGGUAACAAAUGUAUUAUUAAGUUUGGAACAAGGUUUACUUUAAUCCUACAAUGAUAUUCAUUUGCAAAAGUAUUUUAUGUAUUAUUUAUGUUUUCAUAAUUAUGUUAAAUAGCUUCACAUGCUACACCCUAAUUGAUAAGUAUGAGGAAUAUGCGAAUGUAUAUGAUUCAAUUUUUUAAAUAGUACCUUUCGUGAAGAAGAUUGAAAUUUAAAUGAUACUACGGUUAGCUCACGUGUAUUUAACUGAAUAUCCCGACUUAUUUCGGACAAGUUCGACUUGCUCGCCGCGUUAGCUCGUCAUGAAAGGCUCCAGUUGAAUCCGAAAUUCAGAACUCUGGUGAUACAGAUUAAUACGCGUCAAUAAACGAUUGCGUCAUGUAAUUUAUAAGCCAAGCAACUGCUAACUACAAAUUUUCUUGCCAGAAGUUGCUUAUCUUCACUUAAAAAUCGACUUUAAAUAUAUAACUGAACUUUGUAUUAACGAGUUCUUUGUUGUAUUUUGUACUCGUCAACUGCAUUUAUGCGUUAUAUUAUUUGUCAGUAUUAAAUAGCCAUCAGCCUUUAAACCGGGAUAUAAUGAGAUUUAUCCACAAACUGCCAAAUUAAGGUACCAUAAGCAUUACAAUAUGUAAUUUUGCUUUUAUUUGCACUUAUUGUAUUAUAUUUUAUUUAUAUUGUAUCAGUCGAAUUAAGUUGUUAAUUUUAUGUUUGUGAUAGUAACGACCAAUAUUGUUACCAUGUUAAGUUUUGAAUAAAUAACUCGUAAUUACAUA